AGCUCGCCGGGUCAACGGCGCGAUACAAGCAAUUCUGAGUGAAGUUUUCAAAUUCUCUCAAUCAAAGUCGUUAUAGGAUGACAUCAAAAAAAGCUGCAAUCGCUGUUGCGGUGGUCGGGGUGGCUGUUUUGGUGAUAGUUGGCGUCACUAUCCUCGGUAUUUGGAUCGACCAGUGCGUUUUGGGCAACGGUGAUUCAGUGAACGUCAGGGUAGACAACGUGACACUACUCUCGGCUCCGACAGACAACGUUUUCCUCGGCUGGGAAUCUUUAUUCGGCAAACCCGCGGACGAAAUCAGCGUUCACUUAUCAUCUGGUCUCUGCCGCGCAUCGAACGAACCCCGAGAAAUCAAACAAGGUCAAACAAUCACCUUCGGACACUCGCUGUCCAUGAACACGUUCUUCACCCACGGCGUGGACUUUCACCUGCAGGAAGCCGAUGGUGGAUUCGAAGGCAAAGACGACUACUCCGAAACGCUUUCCAUACCGAAGGAGAAAAUAGCACGCAUUAGAUCGACGCUGGAUGAGGACUUUAGCGAUUUUAUACAGUUGGACUACACAGCUACGGUAAAAGGUGCAAACCUCUUCCAGGAACAACCUAUUUUAGGGUUUAUCGCUGAGAAUCUUUGCGUUAACGCCGUUGAUUUCAUCUCUGGUCCGUGGGCAGGUUUCGGAGGAAAGCUAAUAAGGACAGCAGCCGGAAGCAAGUUCAAAAAGCUUCCUUUAAUGAGGUCCGGUGAUAUAGCAAGACUAUAUCAAACCAUUGGAAAGGCAUAUUCGGAAAAGCAGCUCACGAAACAGGUAUUCUUCAAAGCUGUGAUGACCUACCAGUUUCGUGCCGGAGUGAAAGCUUCGUUAAAGAAACCAGCUCAACGAAAGGCGCAGGAGUUGGUGAAGGAGUGGGCUUUAAACCAGACUGAACUGGACGAACAGAUUAAAGGCGCCAUAGAAGAUGCUACUGAGGCUGGGAUCUACGCCGUUGCUAAAGACCCUGGUUUGGACUUGUAUCACGACAUUAACGCGGCGCUUGAUCAAUGGGGUGGCUUUGUCGAGAAAUUGUCGGAUGCGGUAGAGUUUUGCCUUUCGGAAGUUUUGCCGCCAUCAAAGGACGCCUUGUAUCACGUUUAUUUGACUAUCACCAGAUAGAUAAACAUUUGCGUAUAUAACAUAGCUACAUCCGCACGGUAAAGUAACGAGAUGAAAAGUAGUUUCAUCGUAAUUUUAGACUUUCUUAUAAAGACUGAGUUAAAGUAGUUCUUUUUGAAUGCAUAUACAUAAUAUUAAAAGAUUAAUAGUCACGAUUCCUAGCUGUUACAUGCGAUAAUAACAACAUUUGAGGCUUAAGCAGUUCUUUUUGACUGCCAGUGUAGAAUUAAUAGAAACGGUAAAUAGAAGCACAAA